AUGGUGCUCUUCAAACGCAAACCGGUUCAAUACCUCCCACCAACCGUCAUUGAGGAUGACAGCUCCGAGGUUUGGGUCAUCCCGGAGACCAACGAGGUCUUUACCACCUACGAGCCCUACCUACAGCGAAUGGAUUUCUACAAGCAGCGCCGAUUCAUUUGCGAGAUCACCGGUCACUCGGGCUUGACAUUCUUCGAGGCACUGCGGAGUGAGACUGAGGAAUCGCGUGAAGUGAACAAUAGUUUCCCGGAUGCGCUGAGAGAACCUAUUCUCCGCCGAAUCCAAUUUUCCACAGUCUCAAGGGUGGACAGUCUUGUGGACGAGAUUUACGAAGAAUUCAAAUCAGACUUUUAUCCCGGUGAGGCCGUUCUAAUUUUGCUGGAGGAUAGCACUCGACUUCAUGGUACUAUUCGAGACAAGGCCAACUUCGCCGAGCAGCUAUUUGCCGACGGAACCAUUAAAACGCCUGCUUUCGCCCGUUAUCUGGUCAAGAUCCUAGACCGGCAAAAUGAGGAGGCCCUGCUGGACCAGGACCACAUUACACGCGACCGAAAGGCCUUUACUAAGUUGAUGCUGCGCGGUUUUAUUAAAAAUAAUGUCACCAGGGAGUCAUGGACCGGUGCUCCUUGGUUGGUCAAGCCCUCUGUUGCCGAGGAGUACAAAAUCCCAAUCGAGGUACCCAAGCAUCUUCAGUACGGCGCCAAGGUGGCAGAGAAGAAGGCAAUGAAGAAGGCAGACCAAGACGGGUUCUUCGGUUUUUUCUCUUCUCAACAACUUCCUGAACUGAAACCAGCCACGAAGGGACAGAAAUCGAAGUUGACACCGCACGACAUGGCGAAGUCAAGAGAGGCACAGUAUCAGGAGUACCAGCGAUCACUGAAUGGCAAUCCAUCAUUCCUGCUCCCCUCUAAUCCCUUGCGUCCCACAAAGCCGCCACUGGUUGGCGAUCGGAAGUUUUCUGCAGGUGGGAGCCCUUACGUUGUCGUCAAAAAUGAAUCAAGACCGCCCACCCCACCACCAAUCAAGUAUCCUAUCGAAGAUUUGGAUCUUGCUCCUAAUCAGGAGAGGCCACAUCGCCCUACCCUGAAGUUCUUAAUGGUGGGCGAGUCCGAAGACGACGGAAGUGAAGACCUCCUGCCUGAUGAUCUUGAGCCCGAAACGGUGGGAUUGCUUCUGGAGACCUGGAAUACGCUUAACGUUUACUGCGAGGUGUUCGAACUAGAUUCCUUCACUUUUGACGACUUCGUCCAAGCUAUGCGAUUCUCGUCAGAAGAGAUGGACUGCGAGAUGUUCGUGGAGAUCCAUUGUGCCGUUCUCAAGAAGCUGGUCAAUGCGACGGGCCACGAGGGUGGUGCUGUUCAAGUAUCACUUCCCGACUUCCCAGUUGAGGACUCAGAUGAGUCCGAAGAGGAGGACGACGAGGAGGAUGAGGAAGAACCCCCUAAGCCGGCAGACAAGCCCGGUAGAAUGACCACCAGACGAAGCCUGGCCAUGGAAGAGGCACAGACAAUCAAAUCGCAAGUCGUUGAAGAAGACGAUGAAGACGAAACAAAGAUUCACCGCGCUGCCGAGAUGUUCGAGAAGUACGGGUGGAUCGAGCGCCUUCGCAAACGCGAUUUCCGCAAUGGUGGAUGGCAGAUGGUGAUGAUUGGUCUGUUGCACCAGAUGUCAGCCCGUCCCCGGUCAGAACGGACUUGCAACGAUAUCCUCAAACACCUGGCUCCUCUUGAUGCCGAGCCUACCCAGUACACCGCACUGGAGCAAUACCGCACUCUGGACAUCAACAUGCGCACCAAGGCUUUGCAGAUCAUUUGUCUGCUCAGUCUGGAAACCAAGGCGAUCCGUAACUAUCUCGAGGAGUGCAGUAACCAGAUGACCGAGUUGCGCAAGGAAAAGAUCGAGUACCAGAAGGCGCGCAAAGCAGCACUUAUCGAGCUACGACAACUUCACCAGGAGCGUAAGGCCGUUCAACCCGAGCCCGAGAAGAACGGAAAGUCACCCACACCAGUUCCCGAACUGGAUGGGCUUGAUGAUUCCAGGAUGACUGGCCUGGAAGGCGAUUCCGAAAUGCCUGUCGACACUGAAGACGAAGAUACCCCUCGGCCACGCUCUCUUCGAGGAGGACCCGAUCGUGCCCUCGAGCGCAAGCGCAAGCAAGAGCUAGAGAAAGAGCGAAAGGAACAGCUUGCGAAACAGCCAAAGGGAUCGAAACAAUACCAACGAGUCCUGAAGAAGAUCGAUGACCAGAAGGCCAAGGUCGACAAGCUCCAUGAUCAGAUCGAGACAGUCGAACACAACCUCCGCGAGGCUGAUUGCCCCCGAACCCGAUGCCUUGGACAAGACCGUUUCUGCAACCGCUACUGGUGGUUUGAGCGGAACGCCAUGCCUUACGAGGGCAUGCCGGAGAGUUCGACUGCCGAGGCACUAUACGCUAAUGGUCGUCUGUGGGUACAAGGCCCGGAUGAAAUGGAGCACGCCGGCUUCAUCGAUGUAACUGAGGAACAGCGCAAGCAAUACUACAGGCACUUCGGAACCACCCCAGCGGAGCGCAAGAAGCAUGAGGAGGGACCUACUCAUUUAUCAAAUGCCCGUGAAUGGGGUUACUACGAGGAGCCAGAUGCCAUUGGACAGCUUACGGAAUGGCUAGACCCGCGCGGCAACCGAGAGUCCAAGCUCUUGAAGGAGCUCCUGCAACAACAGGACUAUAUCGCCAAGUACAUGAAUAACCGCCAGGCGUACCUGAGCCAGAGGGCAGAGAGAGCUGAGUCGGAGGAUAUUCCAGCUAAGCGUGUGACCACCCGCACCAAGACCUAUAUGGAUGUGAACGCACACGGUCUCCGUUGUCUGCACUGGAAGAACAACACCGCGCUGUCUGAGAACGGCCAUCUCCAUGUUGACCCUGACCGGCCUGCCAAGCGCACCAAGCGAGUCUCCGAUGACACCAGGGAGAACAAGGACACCAAGAAGACCUUGACUCGACAGAGCUCCCGGCGCAACCGUUGA